AAGAAAUAGAUAAAUACAUACAUUGUACAAACAGUCCGCUAUAUCUGCGUAUCCAAAAAUACACAGUUAUCAACAAGGAGAAAGUUCUGAUCUUGUUUCCUCUUACACGCCGUACAUCUCUCCGUCCUCUCUAUUUGUAACGCACAUACACAUACAUAUAUAAAAAAAUAAAAUAAAAAACCAAGAUUUCAUUUCAAGUUUCAGCUUUCUCUAGCAUUCAUUCAAUUCCUUUUGAUGGGGUAUAUUUUUUCUUGAUGUAUUUUGGUGGGCCUCUAUUAUUUUUACCGAAAGUAAUGGUUUUUGUCUUAAUUUCUUUGUUUUGCGUUGUUGGACAUUUCCAUGCGUGUUUAUUGCAAAUUUAAGAAUUUCUGGUACAGUGACAAGCGUGUUGCUACUAAGCGAGAUCUUGUAAAUUGUGUGAAAAGUAGAAUUUCCCUUAAGAAAGAAAAGAAACUGAAAAUUUGAGUGUUUCUUAAAUAUGGGGAAUAAAUUGGGGCGGAGGAAGCAAGUGGUGGACGAGAAGUACACUAAGCCUCAGGGAUUGUACCAACAUAAAGAUGUGGACCACAGGAAGCUUAGAAAACUCAUUCUUGACUCAAAGCUGGCACCUUGUUACCCUGGUGAUGAUGAAUGCGUCUGUGAACUUGAGGAAUGCCCUAUUUGCUUCUUGUACUAUCCAAGUCUUAAUCGGUCAAGAUGUUGCAUGAAAGGCAUUUGUACAGAGUGUUUUUUGCAGAUGAAAACCCCUAAUUCUACUCGGCCUACGCAAUGUCCUUUCUGUAAAACCUCAAAUUAUGCUGUGGAGUAUCGAGGUGUUAAGACAAAGGAAGAGAAAGGCUUGGAGCAAAUUGAAGAACAACGAGUUAUAGAAGCAAAAAUAAGGAUGAGGCAGAAAGAACUUCGGGAUGAAGAGAAGCGAAUACUGAAUCGCAGAGAAAUUAGUUCAUCAAACAGUAUUAGAGGACCAAGCGAGGUUGAAUAUUGCUCAACAGAAGUGCCGUCUUUUUCCUCUGCGGUAGAAGGUGAGGAAAUUGUUAGCUCUCAGGAGCCCUUUGCUUCUUCAAUUCGCCCCAGGCAAAAUAGGAGCUUGCUCAGUCAUUUAGUUGCAGCAGGUUCCUGUAGCAUGUUACUGGGUUGUAAUGCCUCUUUCCUGGAAGACGAGAUUGACCUGGAUCUUGAGGACAUAAUGGUUAUGGAAGCCAUUUGGCUGUCUAUUCAGGAGAGUGGCAGGCAUCAAAACCCGCCCUAUAGUGAAGCAGCUGCAUCAGAAGAAUACACAGGAGAAUAUCGUAGUGUCUCAGCAUUGAUGGCCCCAGCGGCUGUUUCUUCACCAACUCCUCGUGGCGGUCUUGCUUGUGCAAUAGCGACCCUAGCUGAGCAUCAACAAGCGGGUGGAGAGUCCUCCAGUAACUAUGGCAGCCACAUGUCUGCAUAUAACAUGCCUCGCCGCAGCAUUUUUUCCAACCAGGAACAAGAAUCUGAAAAUUACUUUCCUGCAGAAGGUGCCAUUGUUGCAUCACCUGGUAUUCAGUUGGCAAUGCCCAGGGAUUUUGGAGAAUGGGUCGAUCAUAGAUCGGAAGUGACUGAAGUUGGAACCAGCUAUUUAGUUUCUGCUGCAGUCCCCCAACAAGUUUUGGGUGAGUGUAGCUUACAACCUGUUGCAGGAACCAUCGUUCCAGAGAGUUUUGAGGAGCAAAUGAUGCUAGCCAUGGCUGUUUCACUGGCCGAGGCUCGAGCCAGGACAAGUGCAUCAGGUGUUGCAUGGAACUAGCUAAGUUAUAGAGGAAUUGCAAUGCCAAUUUACACCCCACAGCACAUUGACUUCCCCUCUAAAUUCAAAGACAACGUGAGAAAAUUUGUUUUUUCAUUGAAUAUAAACGACACUCGUUCCAACGGUGAAAAUGAUGAAGCUUGUUUGGCCAAUUCGAUUUACAGCCUUUCAGGUACCCUGUUAUUCAUCAGUUGUGGUGCAUAAUUUCUAGCUUCAUACCAAUUGCUUUUGGUCUGGAUUCAAUUGAUCGUACGUCCUUGUAGUUACUUGCAGCGACAUUAGCAAUGAGAAUUCUCAGUGAGAAUUAUUUGCUUAUAUCAACGAUUUGGGGCUUUUAGUUGAUGUGAGAAUAUGCAGAUUUGAAAUUGUAUUUCUGUUUUGGAUUCCAUUUUCAGGCAAAAGUUGGCCACCAAAAGUUGUAAUGUUAAAGCUAAAGAAGAGGGAGACAGGGUACUCGCAUUCUUUGUUAAGCACAAGAGUAGUGUACAUAUUCUCGACUCGAUAGCUGAAUUUUCUUUUGUCAAAGAACUCACUUGUCGACCAAGGUUCAUUCUAAUCUAUUUUUCCAUCUAGUUCAAAUAUUAACAAAAAAUAUUAAAGUU